UCUUUUAAUCCUAGUUAGUCUAUGAUUGGAUAAUAUUUGUUACAAACAAACGAAAAUGCUACAGUACCGAAAACUUUUCUCUUUUCGGAACUAAAAAAGGCCUUAGCAAAUUGAUAUGACUCGAAAGGGACCUGAGAAAAUAUCAACACAAAUAUAGGGACGAGUGGCCAGUGAGCAGUAGACAAAGUGCUGCUGUUGUUGUUGGACUCUAGUACAGUACGAGACAAAAGUACUUGCUGUUGUUGGACUAGUACACCAAGUAACGCACAGUGCCAAGUGCUCGGACCUCGGAGCAACUCGAGCAGUACUUGCAUACUCGUACAAUAGAUUAUAUAUUUCUCUAUUUAGAUUGGAUACCAUCUAUUUUUAUAAUGUCUAAAUUUUACUCCCAACUUUAGCACUCUAGAACAUGGCUCCCAAAUUAUUUAUAGCAGUCCAUGACAUGGGAGUCCCACAUGUCAUCUCUUCCUUCCCUUCUCGUCACCGAUGAACUCCGCCAUGCGGAUCACGUUGCCGCUAGAAGGAAACAAGUUCGCCGGAUGGGUCGACCACAAAUGGGGAACGCUGCAAUGGAGGGUCGCCAGAAGGGACGCCGGUGAACCCUCGAGAGGGGAAUCGCCAGGAAGGGCCGCUGCACCGCACCAGGAAGGGCAUCACCGCCGAGAAGCCUGGUUGGCGGACAUAGAGCUCGCGGCGGCCCCCUGCGUACGGUGUUUCCGUCAUGCAUGGCAGUUCAUCAGCGAGAACCCACCGGCGAGGCCUGCUCGCCGCACACAAAGAAACAGUGCCAUCGGCACGGACAGGGGAGGGAGGAGUGGCGCCGGUCCGCCGGAUUUGGCCUCGCUAGACCUGGGGAUGGUGGCGGCGCCGACGACGGAUUGAAGAGAGGCGCAUGCAUGCGAGCAUUUCAUGGAUGCUGGCCCGCCGCGGGCUACGCUACGCACCGAGGAACCAAGGACGACGCCAUGGCGCACGACGGCACUGCCGCUGAUGCCGCCGCCGCGCCGCUGCUCGCGCCGUCGUCCGCCAAGUCCGGCAAGCCACGCCGGAACAUGUACGCCUUCGCCUGCGCCACGCUCGCCUCCAUGACCACCAUCCUCAUGGGCUACAGUACGUCAUCAUACCAUUCAUUCAACCAUGCAUCUUGUAGUUGCCGUGUGCAUGUGUUCGAUGUCAUGGUGAUCAUGGUGAGCGCUUUGCGUGUGCUCGCAGAUCUCGCCCUGAUGAGCGGCGCGCAGCUGUUCAUCCGGGAGGACCUGGGCCUCUCCGACGCGCAGAUCGAGGUGCUCGCGGGGUCCAUCAACGUGUUCAUGCUCCUGUCCAUCCUCGCCGCCGGCUGGGCGGCCGACCUCCUCGGCCGCCGCGGCACGCUCGUGCUUGCCAACGUCUUCCUCAUGGCCGGCGCGCUCGCCAUGUCGCUGGGCGGCAGCUACCCCGCGCUCAUGGCCGCGCGCUGCAUCACCAGCGUCGGCUCUGGGUUCUCCAUCGUUGUCACCUCCGUUUACAACGCCGAGAUAUCGCCGGCGUCCAUGCGCGGCUUCCUCUCGUCCUUUCUCGACAUGUUCAUCAGCCUCGGAUUACUUCUCAGCUACGUGUCCAACUACGCCUUCGCCGGCUUGCCGGUGCACCUCGGCUGGCGAAUCAUGUACGCCGUCGGCGUGGUUCCGCCGGUGCUGCUCGCCAUGGGCGUGCUCGCCAUGCCAGAGUCGCCGCGGUGGCUCGCGAUGCGCGGGCGCGACGCCGACGCGCGCGCGGUGCUCUUGCGCACCUCGGACACCCCGGCGGAGGCCGACCUGCGCCUCGAGGAGAUCAGGCAGGCCGUCAAGGAGCAGCCACAGGUCAGGAACAGCGACAACGACGACGACGACGGAGGCAGCAGCAACGUCUGGAAGGAGCUCCUGGUCCGGCCGUCGGCGAGCGUGCGGCGGAUCCUCGUGUGCGUGGUCGGCGUGCACUUCUUCCAGCAAGCGUCGGGCAUCGACGCCAUCGUGCUCUACAGCCCGCUGGUGUUCCGCAAGGCCGGCAUGUCGUCGAACAAGGCCGUCCUGGGCGCCACCGUGGCUGUCGGCGUCGUCAAGAUGUGCUUCGUCCUGGUGGCCACGCUCUUCUCCGACCGCCUGGGCCGGCGGCCGCUCCUCCUCGCCAGCACGGCGGGCGUGGCCGCGUCCAUGGCGUCGCUGGGCGUGACGCUCUGCGUCGGCGCGGCGGCGUCGGCUGCGGGCAUGGCAGCCAGCGUCGUGUCGGUGCUGGCCUUCAUGGCGGCGUUCUCGGUCGGGUUUGGCCCGCUCGCCGGCACCUACAGCGCCGAGAUCAUGCCGCUGCGUCUGCGCGCGCAGGGUGCUAGCCUGGGCAUGGCGGUGAACCGGCUCACCUGCGCGCUGGUCAGCAUGACCUUCAUCUCGCUCGCCGACGCGAUCACCAUGCCUGGGUGCUUCUUCCUCUACGCCGGCGUGGGGGCGGCCGCGUGCGCGUUCGUGUACGCGCGGAUGCCGGAGACCAAGGGCCGGAGCCUUGAGGACAUGCACGUGCUCUUCGCCAAAUGAAGAUCUCGAUAGCUAGGAUGAUGAGUUGCGUUGUAUUGUGAAGAGUCUUGUAUUGUAUCUCCUGUUUUUGGUUUCGUGUUGGGUUCUAAUUUUAUGGUAAGCAAUUUUGAGCAUGGCAACGGCACGGGUAGCUUGUUGCACUAGUACAAAA